AUGCAUAUUGAACGCACAGAGAGACAAAAAUCCCAAACAAUCGGUUUAGCGCCGCCGGUUGCAUCCCUGUUACAAUGCUGCGCCGAUUCUGCCCAGACUAUCCUCCAGACACUCCGUACUUUAGCUGAUGAUGACUUGAUGGACGCAUUCUUGCCGUUCCAAAUCGAAGACGCAUCGUCCUCUGCGUUUGUUCUCUACCUGAUCCGUGCAAUUGCCCCAUCUGUAAUUUCGAAUGAUAAUUGGUGCGACAAUCUGGCACUAGUGCUCGAUAAACUCAUUUCAAAGGGCAACCUAGCCGCACCGCUUCGCAAGCUUGAGCUCAGGCAAUUGGAGCAAAUACUCGCACCUAUAACGCCGAAAUUGGCAAAUCACCAUUUGCCGCAAGCCAAUCUAGACGAGGGCAAUGAGAUGAACGAAGAAACGUAUGCCUUCGAUCACGAGGAGUUCGAGUGGGACCUACUGGGACUUAAUUCGUCUGUCAGUAUUCCCCCGCGAGAGUUAUUGGAUCUUGCAGAUCAAUUAGAUGUAGAGGGAAUCAUGCAAUCUGUUGGUGUUUGA